AUGUUACCAUUUCGGAAAGGUACCAGAACCGAUAAGGCCAACCUGCAUGACCGAAGUCGGUGGUGUCUGGACACACCGAACCCCGGCGUCUACUACAUCCGAGACUUCAUUGAGGAAGCGGACCUGAACUCCGUCAGGAAGACCUACGGGUUCAAAGGCACCGGUCGAAAACAUGAGGUUUUGGGAUUGCCCAAAGGGGACCUGUUGCUACCUGGAGCGUAUGACCACAGCGACCCCACCCAAGAGUUUCUAAAGCGCAAGAUGUCCUACUCUUUUAAAACGUGUCCACGGCCUGACAUUGUCACUCUGGGCGUCCGAGACAAGCACAUCGACACUUCGCCUUGUGAUUAUAACGUGGCAGUGAAAGCGGCGGAGAAGACGCCCUGCAAACAUGUGAUGUUUCGGUCAAGAGUGCAAAGGAUCACCUUUCCUCCAAAAGAAGGUCCUGGUCCUUGUGUCUACGAUCCCCCAAGCAAGCCUGGAAAAGGCAUCACUUCCUGUUUCAAAUCCAAGCUUCCGCGGCUUCACGGCGUGCAUCCAAGAACCCCGGGACCCGGGGCAUAUGAACCCCGCUGGAAGUCAGGUGACCGCCUGAGCAUGGAGCCCACUGUGGAUCCGCACGUCAGCCUUCUCUUCCGUCCCACUCCCUAA